AUGUCACCCCCUUCAGUUCUCACCCAAGAGGAAAAGGAGCACUUCCUCAAGCAUGGCUGGGUCAAAAUCCCCAACGCCUUCACGAAAGAACAAGCCGACACCAUAACCAAAGAUGUUUGGACCCGCCUCGGCAUGUCGCCAACAGACCAGUCCACCUGGACUCGCCUGCGCACAAACAUGCCGUGGCACACCGAGUUUGACGCCUCGCAGUUCGCGCCGCGGGCUUGGGCCGCCAUUUGCGAGCUCUGCGGCGGCGAGGAUCGCGUGGACCCAAACUCCAAGAUGUGGAGGGACUCGCUCAUCGUCAACCUCGGCGACGCCAACCACGGGGGCAAGCCUGUCCCGCCAGAGGACCUGCCUGAGUGGCACGUCGACGGUGAUUUCUUCGUCCACUACCUUGACAGCCCCGAGCAGGGGUUGCUGGUGAUACCGCUGUUCACCGACAUUGUGCCCAACGGCGGCGCCACCAUGAUCUGCCCUAAGGCUAUCCCCAAGGUCGCACGUCACCUGCACGACCACCCGGAAGGCGUGUCACCCAGGAUGACGCCGAGGGGCGAGCCCGGCUUCACUGAGGAGAAGGAUCUUGAAUGGUUCAGAGCAGUUGCCAGGAGCUGUGGUGAAUUCGUCGAGGCCACUGGGAACCUGGGGGAUGUUUACCUGCUGCACCCCCUCAUGCUCCACGCGCCCUCGAGCAAUGCGCUGCGAAGGGUGAGGAUCAUCACGAACCCACCCGUGUUCCUGAAGGAGCCGUUCUGUUUUGAUCGGGAGGAUGGGAACUAUAGUCUCGUGGAACAGCACACGCUUCGUGCGCUGGGCAAGGACCGUCUGAGCGGCUGGAAGAUCACCGGGCCUCGGGAGGGAGUUGUCCCUGAGCGGGUAAAGAUUCAGGAGAGGAUGAAGAUGGAAGAGCUGAAGAGGUUGGAGGAGUUGAAGAAGAAGGCCGAGUCAAGCGAAAUGCAACAAGUCACUGCUGCCGCAUGA